AUGCCUUCAUCCUCCUCCCAUCAAUCUCCAGCUGAGAACAAGGUGAAAGUAAAGAAGAAAUUUGCCGGUGAUGAACCUCUGGAUCCUAAAAUGAUGACUAUGCAAGACUUAAUUUUCUGGAAUCCAAAAAAUGAAAAAAGUCUGUAUGAUGAUGCGCAGAAGAAGAAAAAAGGCGAUUCUUCGGAAUUUCAAGUGCUUGAUAAAUCUAAAGAGAAAGCAGUUUCGAAACCAGCAUUUGUUGCACCACAAGUUAAAAUCGCAGAAGAUGGUUCAUUAGUUAUUGAUGAGUCAAGCUUGACUGUAGUGAAAGAAAAUGGUUCUGAAGUUUGGGAAACAGUGCAAGAAGACCAUGUAGACAGAAAACUGAAUUCGAUGAGUUUUCGGAAGAGACCGUGUUCGAGAGGCAAUCCGUGGAGUGACAUCGAGACUGAUCUUUUUUAUGAUGUUUUAAGGGCAACAGGUCCAGAUUUUGGAUUGAUGCAUGAGUUUAUUCCAUCCCGAACGCGAAUAGAAUUAAAAGCUAAAUAUAAUCGUGAAGAACGGUUCAACUGGGCUCGACUAAAUGAAGCAUUGUCUAUACCAACAUUAUUAUCGGAUGCUUUGUAUUCACAUGCAAACGAAAUCAUAGAUGUAAUCAAAGAAGCAGAUAUUAAAAAGAAGGUGUCGAAAUUGUCAAAGGACAUUUCUGAUUAUCCAGACAAACAAUCUGCAGUAAAUUAUGAUCAUCCUGAACUUAAAGAGCAGUCAGGCUCAGCAGAGAAAAAGCCAUGCGUGGAGGAUUUGAGUAUGCAAAAAAAAUUGAAGGAAGUUCUAUUAGAGGAAGCUGCUAAGGAGGCUGCUGUUAUUUUAGAGAAAAGAAAAUGUGAAAGAAGAAAAGAUGAACUAAGAAGAAUAUGUGAGCAAGCAUUAAGUAAAUUGAAUAAGGACUUCCCGAAAUUUAAAAUCGUAAUUGACGAGAAUGCCAAAGAUGUAACAGUAGAAGGUAAUCCGGAUUUAAAGAAUUUACCAGUUGUCAGAAUGCCUCUCGGAACAAUUACCAGGGUAUUGCCUGCCGAUGAAAUACACCCACAAAGAGUACUUUUUGAAUGUAAUGCGAGGAAAGCUACUGCACGGCAGUAUAUUAUUCAGCAUCAGUUGGGUCCGAGAAUGCCAACUACUGGCUUUCUUCAUUUGGCGUUCAAAAAUUGCCUACAGACUCCAUCUUUCAGGAUCUGCGGCGGGCAAUUGGGUGAAAGUUUUCAACCAGCAAUAAACGCACCUCGGCUAUGCCUCAUUGGUCACGUUAUCGCCACUGCGCAAAGCUGUCCAGUAGAAGGUAACAACCAUCAUUAUGUCAGCUAGUU